GGCAGGGUAUAAGAGACAGGGUGGCGGGCGGAAACCGGUCUCAUUGAACGCUGGGCUAAAUCGCCAGACGGCUGAUUUCUUCUCAAGCCGGGCCGGGCCCACACAGAAGCAACCAUGUCUAAGGGACCUGCAGUUGGCAUUGAUCUUGGCACCACCUACUCUUGCGUGGGUGUCUUCCAGCACGGGAAAGUGGAAAUAAUUGCCAAUGAUCAGGGAAACCGAACCACCCCAAGUUACGUCGCCUUCACAGACACCAAACGAUUGAUCAGUGAUGCUGCAAAGAAUCAAGUUGCGAUGAACCCCACCAACACAGUUUUUGAUGCCAAACGCCUAAUUGGACGUAGAUUUGAUGAUGCUGUUGUCCAAUCUGAUAUGAAGCAUUGGCCUUUCAUGGUGGUGAAUGAUGCUGUCUCCUGCUACAUGGAUCUAAUAAGAGUGGAGAUGAAGACCAUCAUCGUGGUGGGUGAAGUGGAAUGCCAGAACGCGGAGAUUCUCUCAGCCUUGGUGUGA